CAACAUGUCUGCCUCCAUGGGUCGAUGUUUUGACGUUUCGCUUGGAAAACUUGAUGUGGACCUUAAAAAUGUGAAAAGCAUACUCGAGGCACCAGGCAGAAAAGUUCUGGCCUUGUUAUUUGUCGAUGGACAUGUCUCUUUAAUUGAAAAAGACAAGCCCCUGGUAGCUGAUUUGCGUAGACUUUCCGGUAUUGACAGUUUCUGUUGGUGCGAGGGAUACAACCACUUAGAUCAGCAUCUAACCUUCCGAACCUACAAUUCUAAGUUGAAAUGUAUAAAUGAAUGGAGCAUCCAGCUAUCAGAUGAAGGUGGAAUUAUCAACCAGCGAGCAGAAUGGAAAUUAUGUGACACAAUUGCAGAUAUUAAAAGAAACUACAAAGAGAUUCCAAUCCACCCAGAAAUUUGUAUUCUUCAACUUAAGUAUUGUCUGAUUCUACUGGUACACGAUGUUGUUGUGGUGGCAAAACUGAAUUUUUCUGGUUUGGUUGACAUUGUAAGGAGCUUUCAAGUAAGAGAGUUUACAUCUGAAGGUUCUGUUACAGACAUUGUUGUCAAGAAGAAUGUUGUUUUCAUUCUCAAAGAAAAUGGAUUUGUAUCUAUUUACUCAUUGACACAUGGUCAACUUGUUGCUGUUAUCAGAUUGAUUGAUUACUGGAAGCUGCUUUUUCCAGGUGCUGGAAUCCUGCCACAGAAUGGCAAAGCAACUCAUCUGGCUGUCUCCUCAAACCUUUGUCAUCUUUUGGUUUAUUUUACUGGCACAAAAUUUGGUUUGCAUCACAUUAAUUUGGAUGAGUACUUCUCUACUCACAUAUAUAGUUUUCAAAAAAUAGACACACUCAAUUUUGAGCAGAAUGUUGAUGAAGAUGAAGUUGAUUUUCACAAAAAAGUUAAUGCUAACAACAGAGGCUGGAAAAAACAGGUUGUAGGACUCAAGAGCAAAUUGCUGGUCAAAGGUCAUACCAAAGGUGUCGGAACAUCACCGUUACGUGACAAGUCUAAGCAUUGGUUUGAGAAUUUUGAGGAGAAUAAUCAAAACACUUCUACAAAAUUCAAAGAGGAAGAGAAUAAAAUUACUGGAUUUACUAAAAAGUUGACUCGCGGACAUGACCACCUAACUAGUAAAAGAAGUUCACCAGGUGUGUCCAAAGAAUUAGAAACAAUUUUUGACAGAAAAACAAAUCAUAAAUCGUUUGUAUUCAAAAUUCCAAGACCAUGCCGUCAGUCUGAAAUUAAAAAUGUGUCAGUUGCCAUGGAAAUAGCAACAUUGUGGUUCAAAGGUGACAGUGUUCAUCAUGGAAUGUUUCUGCUUGUUGACCUUCAAAACAAUCAACAGGAAUAUGUCAGCUUUACAGAGCCUACAGUUGUGUCAGUACCAUGUUCAGAUGGACAGGCCCCUCUGAUGAUAACAGAAACGACAAUGUCAGCACUUGCUAUUAAUGUUGAUCAGGAGUUCCUUGUCAACAAAGUUAUGACUUACGAGAAUGCAACCUUAGCUGAAAGACUCUGUGAAGGUAACAAUUGGGCUCAUUGCUCGAUCCCUAUACAUGCGCUAAAAGUAGGCUUGAAGCACAGGCAGCUGGAUACAAUUGCAUUCUUCCUAAAGUGUAGAGAAGGAGUUUUUAGAAACCAUGUUGAUAGUGAGCCGAUAAGCAGUACUUCAACUGAUAUUAAAGAACUCUGGGAAGCCAUUGAUUUAUUGUUAACAUCAAUUGUAGACAACAUGAGUGAACCACAGUCUAAGCAAUAUUCAGAUCAACUUGUCCAGUUAGCUUUAACCUUUGUCAACCAUCUUAUCCAAAAUACUUGGGAAACACAGACAUUACUUCAAGUGGAUUGUGUUGUUAAAACUGCCAGAGUUAAAGAAAUCAAAACUACAUCACAGAGACUUAUGGGUUAUGCAUGUGACUUAAGAGGUUUUUUAAAAGAUGCUCCGUCAUGGUGCUCUAAAACAAUAGAGGAUGUGCAGCACCAAAAAGAUUUAAUUGAAAGUGAAUGUUUAAAAGGUUAUUACUGGUUUGGCAAGCAAACGCAAAGUGCCAUCACAAAAUAUGGGUUGAAAUCAAGAAAAGCUAUUGUGGAGUCUGCAAUUUUAAACUCAUGCCUUCCACUUGCGCAAGCUUAUCUUUACCAGACCAUGGAUCACCCUGUUGCUAUGGAAUCUGCUAUACCUAGCAACAUAUCCAUGGAUAAACAUAUUGCUAUGGAAACGGUUGUACCUAGCAACAGUAUGUAUGAACUGAUUCAAAUAAGUAGGUCACUGGUGCUAAGAUCUUUGAUUGAUGGUGAUCUGAAAAAGGCCUCAAAGAUUCUCUUAAAUAUGGGCUUCAAUGUAAAUGUUGAGUUGAAGCACAUUUGCAUGCAGACAACCGAUAGAAGGGUCAGAGAUUUUUUGAUUUGUGAAUUACAGAAGAUGAGAGAAUUUGAUGUGGAAGAGAUAGCUGCAAUUGAAUUUAUAAAUCAUUUUGAGAAAAUUUACCCAAAGCAUAGCUUUGAAGAGGCAACACUGAAAGCAAUGGAAAGACAGAAUGAACAUUGGAAGGAACCAAUGAUAAUUGCAUGCAUUCCACAUGAAGAGAGUAAGGCCAGUACACCAUCACCCUCAUUUGAUGUAGAUCCUUCUACAUGUGAUGAGAGCAGUAUACCAUCAACCUCACUUGAUAUUGAUUCCUUUACCCUUGGAGAGGCUAGCAUACCAUCACCCUCACUGGACGUAGACUCGUUCAUCCUUGAUGAUCAUGAUCAUACCAACCUUCCACUGGAAUGGGUGAUACACUGGGACAAAGAAACUAGGGAGAGGAUCUUGUUUGAAAGGAUAAGUGAGCAAGAUUCCAAAGCUCCAGACAUCAUUCCAGAAGAGCAAAUUUCCAUGGAGUCUGCGUGGCAGUAUUUGACAAUGCGUGCAGAUUGGGAACAGAUUAAAACAUGGAUUAAAGCCAGUUUUCCAUUGGCUGAAGAAGAUGCUUCAGCCAUAAAAAUGCCUAUUAAUCAUCCACUAGAAUUGAGUGUUGCUAACAAGUUAGAAGAAGCCCCAGAUUUUAUGAAGAACUGGAUUUUAGAUGAACUGGCAACACGAGGAGUGUUUGCUUCAGAGGAGAUGCAAGAUUUUGAUAAGUUGUUGAAGCGAUUGAGUCGCAUCCACUGUGUAAUAUCAUCACAUCAUCCUCUAACUCUAGGUAGAGUGCAACUAAAUAUGAACAGUUUUUACAGCAAGUUUGUUGCAUUUUGUGUCCAACGUGAUCUACAUUCGGUUCUUUAUGAAUUCCUUGAUAAUAUGGACCUUUGUCUCAGUGACAGUGAUGUUACCAAGUUGGAAUUACCUGUUAACAAAUGUCCAUGGCUAAAUAUGAUGCUUCACUUCAGAUGGGUUGGCAAAUACCUUUCAGAUCCAAGUUGCAUGUUUCAAACUAGCCUUGCUUGCUCCAGAGUGUUCCUAAAAACAGUUCAACCAACUGUGAUGUCAUUGCUAGAAGCUGGUAGGGCAUUAGCUGCCAUGGCAACACUAAUGUAUGCACCAGGUACCCUUAAACAGGCAAUGACUCCUGUUGAAAACUCUGAUGAGGAACUCUGGAAAGUGGAUCAUGAACUUUUGGAGAGUUCAUUGCGCUCCUUUGGCACUCUGCACUCUGCUAUGUUUCCAAGCAGGGUUGAUGGUGUGCCAUUGCAACAUGUAUCUCUCUAUGAACUUCUUCAGGCUUACUUGCCCUUUGACAUGUCAAAAAUGUUUCUAUGGCAAUCAACAAAUGACCUAGCGAUCAGGGAACCAGAUAAACAUCAUGAGAUGCCACAUUUCUCUGACUCAGAGCUUGUAGCAAAAUACGGACACAAAGAGGAACUAGAUUUUACUUAUUACUUGAAACAAGGAAGACCAAGUUUUGCCUUCACCUCAUUUGUUGAAAAUCAGUUUGAACUUGGUGGAACCACCAAAAAACGAAUAAGCCAAGCCCAGGCAACAGCUUGUCUUAUUGCUCUGAGAAUGUUUGCUUGCCAAGGAGUUGCAGCUGGUUGUGUAGCUUUCAUAGAGAUGAUAGGCAGGGAGAGCACAAGGCUUAGGGUAGACUUGCAGACUUCCAACAUUAUCUAUAACUUUCAACAGAAAGAAGAAGAAUGGAGGAAACAGCACAAGACUCAGUGGCAACAGUGGCUGUUGACUGCUGAGAAGAAAAUUGCGGGAAGUAUGCUGAAUGCAUUUAAAAAACGUGGAAAAAAAAGCAGUGAGAUGUUAAAGAAAAUGCUGGAAGCUGCUAUUUCAAAUAGACUGGCUACAUCCAACAUACAUAGUUGUUCAAUGGAAGCAGCAAGAGCAUGGGACAUUGCUGUGAUGUUCUGUGGUUUCCAUCGGUUACCACUCUCAGAUGUUUACUUGAAGGAAUGUGCUAAGAUUGAUGACUGGCUGCAUUUCACAGUGUUUGCACACCAGCAUCAGUAUCCAAAGGAACAUGUUCUUGAACUUGUGCAGUUGUUCAAAAGUUCAAGUCUUAGUGAACAUCUAUCCCUUGCAUUUGAGAACCCUGUUUAUGGACCAUCAUUCCCACCAAAGGAACAGCAAGGUGUUUCCAAGCAAUCAACUGUCACUAAAAAAAAAUUAAUAACUCGAGAUUCAAGAACUAAUUACUUGUUUAAAGUUGGCUUUGAUAGCAGUAGAGUUGUUGGCAAGGAUAGUACAGAUGAGGGAGAAGAAGAUGAUAUAGAUGGAGAUUAUCUAUUAGUUAAAGAACAUUCUGGAAAACAAUUUGAUGAUCUCGUGCUGGAAAAUGUUGCAAGUGAUUUAUUUGGUGUGAUUCUUGCGUGUCAGUCAGCAUCCCAACCUGCCAAGAUGUUUCUUGCCUAUUCGGCAAUAUUCAAACAACCAUCUCUUGCUGUGCUGUCUGGUUGCUUUCAAAAUUCAAAUCUCCUUAAUUGCCUUUGUAUGUUUCUCAUGACAUCAAUGAGAAAUGAAGAUGUUGCUAUGGUAACAGGGACAGAGAUGGCCUCCCUUCAGUGGCAUGAAUGGACAGUGAAUGAAUUGAUGAAUAUUGUAGACAUUGCCAUGGAAACAAGAAAGACUCUAAUGUUGUGUAAAGCAUUCCAAAUUUUUCAGCCAAAUUCACCUUUAACAACAUUUCUGGAGUUCAUCUGUGAUUUUUGUGUGAAAUCUGAUGAAGUGGGUGCCGCAAAGCAUCUUGCAAAUUUUCAUGAUGCAUUUAUUCAAAUUGUGAAGAGCUCAUGCAGUUUGCAAGGGAGCACUGUGGCUGUGGAGAGUAUAACAGACAUCAGUAGCUCUAGGUUUAUAGAAAAUUCCAUCUCUAGAUUGACACUUUUGAUGUUCAAAACUUGUCGUAACUUUCCUGAAAUCUGCAGACUCUUAAAGUUAAUGGCAGGUGUAAAUUUCUCUGAAAUAUUUUCACAUCCAGUUGCAAAUUAUGCCAAGCUGUAUGAGUUGAGUUUGAUUAUCAAAAGCACGUCUGUACAACUGGACAUCAGAGAACUCCUGUCUGGGGAUGGGAGCAUUUUCCACAAACAUUGCCAAGAAGUGUUGGUAAACCUGCAAACAGUUAAAGACUUCGCCAGUGCUAAGCGGUUUGCCCUUGCAGCAGGAUUAAACAUGGAUCAUGUUGUUCUCCAUGAGUUAAAAGAUGAAUUACAACAAAUGAAGAAUAACUCUCAGUGGCAAUCAGAAACUGUCCGGCAUUUAUUUUGGGAGAAAUGCAAUAAAGAAUUACGAUCAUCUAGAAUAUCAAAUAAAGUUGCUUUCCAGUUUUUCAGAAGCAUUGCUAGUGAUCCAAGUCUGAAUUUGAGCACAAGUGAGAAGAUACUGAUCCUGUGUAUGGCUUUAGACUGGCUCUCAAAGGUUACUGCAACUACUUCUGCAAGCUAUGUUAGCUUGGAACAGGAAGUCUGGAGACUAAGGCUAGAUUUAGAAAUUGAGAAUAUCCAGAAUGAAGACCAUGGCAUAUCACUGCAUGAACAUCAUGUUAAUCCAAGAAAAUUUCAAGACAUAUUAGGGUCAGAUGUCAAAUAUCAUGGUCCAGAUGAAUUCCUGUAUUUAGCAGACUACGGGUUGACUGAUAACCAGCCAAAGCAACCUGCUGAAGCAGCUGCUCUUCAAAAGAUCGUUGGUGACUUACUUGGGAGAUUCUGCAUCAUUCAGGCCUUCAGAAUCUGCGACCAAUUCAAACAUUUCAGCCAAGACUUAACCGUAGUGUUAACAUGUAUAAAACUUGCUAGAGGAAAGGUAACAGUUGAUGAGCUAAGUGCUCAAAUGAAGACAUUACUUGCCAGAGGAAGAAGAAAGAGGCCAAGUUUGUCAGAGUCAAUGAACUCAUUAAAUAGAACAUACAGCUUAUCAAGCAUCUCUAGUGCAGGUGAUAUUGAUGAAUCUAAUGAAGUGUUGAUGUGUCUGGAGACAUUUUGUGAACAUUCCAAGGAUGGUAGGAAGUGUUGUGAAAGGAUCACUAACUGCUACAAGGUUGCUCAGAUCCUAAACUGUCCUUAUGAAGAAGUUGUGACUCAAUCCCUGAUUGAGACCCUGAAAAUCAUCCUUCAAUCAAACACACCGCAACAGUUUUCAACUGCUAAGGAUUUCAUCCAGACAACAGGAAUGAAUGAUACUGAUGUGUCCAGUUUCCUGGCAGACAUGAUUAUUAAGCAGGUGACAUUAAAAGCACAGAAACACCAACAGGGGCAAUAUGUUGUAGAUUCUUCUCAAGUACAACUGUCAAGGAAGCCAUCAGAUAAAGAAGAGUUGUCAAAGCUCAUUAAACUAUGUCAAAACCCUGCAACCCUUGGUAACAGACUCAUUCAGGAAGCAAAGGCACUCUUGGACAAUCCUUCCACCUCAAAAAUUGCUCACACACUUCUAGUUGAACUGAUUAUCCGAGCUCAUGAUUGCCACACCAUCUGCUGUAAUAUGGAAGGUAUCUCCAGUGUACUGAGGUUGUGCCGUGACUGUACCCCAGUACUUGGUAGGGCUGAAGAACAUAGGCUUAUGAUUCGUCUAAUUAUGGGAGUGGGACGUUACAGUGAGAUGAUGUAUGCGUUUGAAUAUCUCCACAAGGCAAAGAAAAUUGAACAGCUUGUCAAGGUUGGAUCUAAGGAUGGAAAGCUAAAAAUAGCUCUACUUGAUUACCUAAAACGGUGUAAACCUGCUGAUCCAGAAACAUACAACAUGGUUUCACUCAAGUUUAGAAUGCAUCGCGAAAUUGGAGAGAUGUUGGAGAAGGGUGCUUUAAAGAAUCUGAGGGCUCUGGCUGACAGGCCUAUGGAGACCAACAUUGAACUCCAAAACUGUUUGCAAGAAAUUCUGCAAGGUUUGACAGAGGCAGCUCAGAAUUAUGCCAAGGAGAACUGUUUACGUCAUGCAGAGCAUUGCAUUUGUCAGGCAAGAUUGGUGGCUCUUCAACUACACUUGUUGUCAAGCGAUAUGCGUGUGAUCAAUCUCGAUUCAAAUGAGUUUCACAAGUUUAUAACUCAUCAUGAAAAGUUCCAUGAGGCUUUGCUUGUUGCAAGAGCAUAUACUGAUCAGCAUGUCAACUGGUCUAAUGCCCUGUAUUAUAAUGUUAUUCAACAAGGCAACUUUAUGUUUCUUGACGAUUUUAAACGAAGCCUGAGGCUUGAAGAAUCACACUUUAUGGACGUGUCUGCAAGGUAUAAACAUGAUCAGGAAAAAAAGCCAGAAAUGAGAGAGAAUAUGGAACGUUUACUAAGUUACUGUAAAGAGUUAAAAACAGCAUAUGACAUAGCUACAGAACUAAACUUUCAAGAUAUUGCAAUGGACAUGUUGAAGGGAGAAGGUGGAUCUUAUCUACGAGAUGUAAUAUGACUACACAUCCUAUGGAUGUGAAAUAUGAUUGCUGAUAACUUGCACAUAUCUUAUUUUAAAACAACUACUGUAUUGCUAAUAUUGGUGCUGAUUAUGCUCAGGGGGAUGAGUGAAUUUUUCUAAUGUGAACUUUUUCACAACCUGGACAUUUCUCAACCUAGACAUCGCAGUUUGAAAGGUUUGGGGUAUGAAAUGAUGACAACCCAUUAGAAGUAAUGAUGAUAAUAGUAAUACUGAAAAAUGAAU